CUAGAUAGGUUGAGGACUUAAAAAACCAAGUGUUAUCCAAUCAAAGUUAGUGAAAAAGCUAUUCCCUUCUCAAUCAAGCACACAGCAGAGUUUAAUUGAAGUGCUACUUUAUAUGCUCAUAAUUGCUUCAAGUAACACAAAGUGAUUUUAUUUGACCCAAGACAAAGACCAUCGUUCUUCUGAAACUUCUGUAUGGUCACCUGGUUCAAGGUAACCAAUGGCUGCCAAGUGCAGACACGUUUUUGAUAGAGUACAGAGUUUGAGUUUUUGCACUUACUGGAAAAAAAGCACCACACCAACAGGCAGACGAAUUUUCCACAGGGAUGUGGAAAAGGAAGAAUUCCAGUAUGCCAGUACUCAAUGUCUUUCAUCCUACUACAGUGUCUUUGUGGUUCGUCUAGCAAUCAUGGCGAUGCUAGCCAUCUUGAUUGGUCUGCUCACUUUCCUCACAUGGCAUUUCACAAAGAUUUAUACAACAAAAUCUCUUAACAGCUUGGCAUACGACCUGCGUUAUGAACUUCUGCAACGCCCCAUCUUGAGGAUGUGGAACAUUCUGAAUUCUACUUCUGAAAUUACCACUGCUCAGGUUAAGCUGUCGCAGUAUGUGAUCAGAAGCCACACCACCAACCUUCCCACUCAAGCAGACCAAGUUGAGAUGUACGACGCGAUGAGAGCUGUGACGUGGGCACUGUUUGCCAGUAAAAAAGCUCUGAAUUCAAUAACUGUCAAAUACAAGAAUGGAUUUGUGCAAGCAUUCCAUAGAGACCUGAAGGAAAACAACACCUUUUACAUAUAUUCUGAUCUUGCAAAUUACUCCAUGGCUGCCAGUGGCCACAAUGAGAUCAAUUCGCUUUCAUCGAACGAAGCUUGGAAUGAUAAAGACAUUCACGGAAACAAGUCUGCAAUUUGGUAUCGGGAACCGCUUGAUCCUGUCAGUGGAGAGAAGAUUGGAAAAGUAAUGCCAAUUGCACCAGAAGACUCCAUCAAUAUAGCAGGCAUCUCCCAAGUACCUGAUGGUGUAGCUUCGUGGCAUGUUGCUGUUAGCAAGUUUACAGAUUCACCAUUGCUUUCUGCGGCAUUGCCAGUUUGGGACUCUUCAAAUAAAAGCAUUGUGGCAGUUGUGGGUGUCACAACUGCACUUUAUAGUGUGGGGCAGCUCAUGCAAGAGCUGGUUGAGUUGCACAGUGGUCACAUGUAUUUGACCUCCCAAGAGGGUUACUUACUUGCAACUUCCACAAAUGCACCUCUACUGUCAAAUUCUACAAGGCCUCCGAAGCUUAAGAUGGCUGUUGACUGUGAAAAUGAAGUAAUAAGAGAGGGAGCUCGGUGGCUACAGAAAACCUAUGGCAACAAUUUCCCUCAAAGUCAUGAACUUCAUGUAGAGAAUGUCAAGCUAGGUCCCCAGCAAUAUUACAUCGACUCAUUCUUCCUUAACUUGAAGAGACUUCCUCUGGUGGGUGUAAUCAUCAUACCCAGAAAGCAUAUCAUGGGGCAGGCAGAUGAAAGAGCCUUCAAAACAUUGGUUAUUCUUAUAUCUGCAUCGUUGUGUAUUAUUGUCAUUGGAUGUGUUUGCAUUUUGAUACUGACAAAUGGAGUGUCAAAGGAAAUGAAACUAAGAGCAGAACUCAUCAGCCACCUGGAAGCAAGAAGGAAGGCAGAGGCAUCAAGCAACUAUAAAAGUCAAUUUCUUGCAAAUAUGAGUCAUGAAUUGAGGACACCAAUGGCUGCAGUAAUCGGGUUACUCGACAUUCUUAUAUCUGAUGACCGUCUCACAAAUGAGCAAUGUGCAACAGUUACUCAAAUAAGAAAAUGUUCAACUGCCCUGCUUCGUCUACUUAAUAACAUCUUGGACCUGAGCAAGGUUGAAUCUGGAAAAUUGGUCCUAGAAGAUGCAGAAUUUGAUUUCGGGCGGGAACUUGAAGGGCUUGUAGAUAUGUUUUCUGUGCAGUGCAUUAACCACAAUGUAGAGACUGUUCUAGACUUGUCUGAUGAUAUGCCAAAGCUAGUUCGAGGUGAUUCUGCUAGGGUAGUUCAAAUUUUUGCAAAUUUGAUCAACAACUCAAUUAAGUUUACUCUAUCCGGUCACAUUAUUCUGAGAGGAUGGUGUGAAAACCCAAAUGCUUGCAGUGAUGAUACGAAUUUUCCACUUGAGCAAAAGAAAUCACGGUGUUCACAGAAGAACAGAGCAAAACAACAUGAAAACCAUGCAAAGAGGAUUUCCAAUAGAGAUAACAAAAUAGUACUUUGGUUUGAAGUUGAUGACACAGGCUGUGGUAUUGAUCCAAGUAAAUGGGAAUCCGUGUUUGAAAGCUUUGAGCAAGCUGAUCCAUCAACUACUAGACUGCAUGGAGGCACGGGUCUUGGUCUUUGCAUUGUCAGAACCUUGGUUAACAAGAUGGGUGGAGAAAUCAAGGUUGUCAAAAAGGAGGGCCCAGGAACACUGAUGCGAUUAUACUUGCGUCUGAGUGCACCUCUGGAUGCCACAGAACAACAUUGUCAAGUAGAUUUUGCUAACAAAGGCUUAGUGGUACUUCUUGCACUACAUGGCAGUAUGGGUAGAUCUGUUACAUCUAAGUGGUUACAGAAAAAUGGUGUAGUGUCUAUGGAGGCAUCAGAAUGGAAUGGAUUAACACAAAUCCUUAGGGUACUCUUUCAUGCUAGAAGUUCAGCUCAUAAUAAUGGUUUCGAUGCAAAUUAUUCAGUGCAUGAAAAUUUAAAGUCGAAACUACUGAGCAUACAGGAAUUGAGGAACCCAGUUUUUGUGAUUGCUGUUGACAUUGGACUACUUGACUUGAGCACAGAUAUAUGGAAGGAACAGCUCAAUUUCCUUCACAAAUACUUUGGGAGAGCGAAAUUCGUGUGGAUACUAAAGCAUGACUCCUCCAAUACCAUAAAGAUGGAGCUUUGCAGGAAAGGGCAUACACUGACAGUGAACAAACCCCUCUACAAAACAAAAAUGCUUCAUAUUUUGGAAACCAUUACAAAGGAAAGAAGUGAUGAGCUACAAAAGAAAAAUAUGACUACUCCCAGAUCUACUACAGUGAAAGAGGGUUAUUUGCAUGAGAGUCUUGAGAUUGAUUAUACUCAAUGUGAUGUUGCAAGCUCGGAUGGUUCUGACAUUUCUGAAACGGGAGGUUCUAAUCCUGUUCGUGAAAGUGGAGAUAAACAAAGAGAGAAGGUAGUGAGAUCUGAAUCAUCAUCACAACACAAGAUAAAUAACUUAGCUGGAUUAGCAAAUGGAUAUAAGGAAGAUAAUAGUCCUUGGAAGGAAGAGUUAUGUGGGAGCAGCCUCAACUCUAACAAUGUCACUGCGAAUGGCACACCAAAAUCAUCCUCCACUAAACAAGCAUUGUUUGCGAAAGGCAGUCAAUGUGAAGAUUCUGAAUAUGGCGAAACAGGAAGUGGCAGUAGCUCGAGAAGAACAGUGAGUGGAAAGAAAUCUCUUGAAGGUCUGAGGAUAUUGCUUGCAGAAGACACACCAGUAAUUCAAAGGGUUGCAACCAUAAUGCUUGAAAAAAUGGGAGCCAUUGUUGUAGCUGUAGGUGAUGGACAACAAGCAGUGGAUGCUCUGAAUGGCAUGCCUGGUGUUGAAGAUUGUAGAAGGGAGUCUAUCAUGAAAGAAAGAAACACAAGAUCAUCUCAAACUGAGAUUCUCAGUUGCCCUCCAUAUGAUUUGAUCCUAAUGGAUUGUCAGAUGCCAAAGAUGGAUGGCUAUGAGACAACAAAAGCAAUCAGGAAAUCAGAAAUGGGAACUGGUUUGCACAUUCCAAUUGUUGCUCUUACAGCUCAUGCAAUGUCAUGUGAUGAAGCCAAGUGCUUAGAGGUUGGCAUGGAUGCUUAUUUAACAAAGCCAAUUGACUUCAAACUGAUGGAGUCCACCAUUCUUUCACUCACAAGAAGGACAUCUCCGACUUUUGUUUAAUGCUGUAACCAAGCUAAUAAAGGGUUGUCUUAGACAUCCUACGAAUAUAUACAACUUUACCAGACAUUAACAUCGAGAAUCAUGGCUUAAGAUAAGAAUUCCAGAAACGUAAUCCAAUUUUCCUGAAUUAACUCAUUUGUACAGCGAAGGACUCAGACUUGUUACUCUUUGUUUCUUUAACCAUACAGAGAAGGCCAAAUUCUAUGUCAAUGUGACAGCAUUUUGUACACGAAAGAACAUUUUGUCUGUAUAUUACCUUGUCUGUUCACCCAUUUCUUUAUUAUAUAUACACAUAAGCCGAACUAUCUGCUCUGAACUAUGCAAUCAACAUAAAAUUUGGUUAA